AUGGACGAACUCAAUGAGGAGGCCGAAAGGUUCAAGAACAUGCUUACAGGGUCGGACCAAGACCAAUUUGCCGCAACCAAACUUGAUGACAUGUCGGCGGAGCUUCUCUUCAUCCAAUCCCAACGGGAUGCAACCAAGGAAAUGAUGAGCAUGAAUAGAUUGCAACUGUUCAUGGACAACAUGACCGACUUUGGAGACACUCUUGUUGACCUCGACUUUCCAGAAGCCAAGCAAGUGAUGGCAUAUGUCUGGGGAUCAGUUCGAUAUCUUCUCAAGCGCACGAAUCCCACAGAAAAAGCAUUCGACAAUAUCCUCGAAACCUACGAGCUCCUUGGUAUCAACCUCAUCAAAGUAUCCGAAUACACGAGCUUCUUUCGUGAGGUUCCGGCAGCGCAGGAGUACUUGGUCAACAUCUAUAAGGAUGUGCAGCACUUUCAUUCCCUGGCUUAUAAGCUCUUCUUCACCUUUCGCACGAAACUCUGGCAGAAGCUACACAAGCCCAUCUGGAAAGACCUCAGGACCACCUUCAAUUACAUUGCUGAAUCCUUGAACUUACACGCCUCGAAAAUUCAAGAGUAUGGCAAACCGUUUCGGGACCCCGAAAGCUAUCGCCCGGGUGCACAUGAGCGGACAGACUCGGGCAUUGAUCCAAACCAGGGAGUCAAUCCUGACCAGGUCCGGAGAGACAUGUCUUAUUACCACGUCGCCUUGAACAAACUCCGCGAUGAUUUCGAAGACAAGGAGGAGAAGAGGAAGAGAGAGAUGAAGAACAAUGCCAUUACUUGGAUAGCAUCUUCGACCAAGAUUGAGAAGUUGCAAAAGGACUUCCGUGAGAUGAGAAUCUGCAAUGGUACCGGCCGCUGGCUUUUUAGGACCAAAAAAGAGGUUUCGGAAUGGCUCAGCGAGGAUGGUGGAAAGGACGGGAGCCUUUCGCAGUCAGCCAUUUGGCUACAUGGUAACAGGGGUUUUGGCAAAACGAUCCUCACCUCACUUGUCAUCGACGAGUUGGAGGCUCGCAGAGAGAAACAGCCACCAUUGGUUCCCCCAAACAGCAAGACGUACUACUUCUACUGUCAGGAGGAAGAUCCCGAGCACAAGACUUAUCUGGAAAUCCUCAAAGGCAUUCUUUUUCAGAUGGUCAAUCAAGAUGACUACAUCGUUCCCCUCUGCCACGAGAAGAUGGCCCAGGGAGGAUGCACCUCUCUUUCUGACGCCGACACAGCCAAGUCGCUCAUCGAAACCAUUGUGCAGUACAACCCCAGGCAGUACAUCAUCAUAGAUGGCCUAGAUGAGUGUGAGCCUGCCGAGGUUCGACAGACUGCCGAUUUCUUCACCAAACUCGUUGAGACGUGCGAUAAUGCGAACCAGGAGCAUGGACAGUUGAGGCUCAUGCUCAUGAGCCGAGACGUUACAGAGAUCAGGAAAUACAUGACAGAUAGCGAUGGAAUCAUUCCACUGAAACCCACUGACAAUGCUGGAGACAUCAAGAACUUUGUCAACAAGAAGCUAGAGGGGCUUUCGAGAUCUGACAACAGCGCGGGCCUGAAUCUGUCGAGAGACGACAAGGCUUCAAUUGAAAGUUUGAUCUGUCGCCGGAGCGAAGACUCAUUUCUUUAUGCGCACCUCGCUAUUGCGAGUCUUUCUCAGCAUAUCACGAAAGGCGAUCUUCUGAGAGAGAUUAGGGAAGAAGUCCUGCCGGAAGAGCUGGGUAAAAUGUACGAGAUGCUCCUCGGAAAGGUUGAGGAAACGAUCAAGAGACGGCCGGGGGGUAAUCGCGUGUGGGACAAGUCAAAGUUGCUUCUAGGAUGGCUUGUCUGUGCAAAGCGACCACUAAAGUGGCAUGAGAUGCAAGCCAUACUGUCUUUUGAUGCUCAAGAAGCGAGGGUCGACUUUGACAACAGGAUGUUGACGGACGAUGUACGCAAGUACCUGGGUUCUCUAGUACAUGUCCUUGACGGAGACCAUAUCCGCUUGAUUCACACGUCGGCACGAGAGUAUAUUGUCAGCAACAGGCACAUUGACGACAAGAAGGUCCAAUGCCAACUAACUAGCCUCUGCCUUCGGUACCUGUCACUUCCUUGCUUCACCAAGAACUACCCAUCAACCCAGCGACGAGAACAGGCCAAAACCGGCUGGUUCUCCUUCCAAGACUACGCCUGCUCCAAAUGGCAAUCCCACAUUGAUACUUUUAUCAGAGAAUGCAGCGUGCUUUUCGGAGAUGGUGUUAUCUGGGAAGAGGAACAGCGUGAUUUUGAAGCAGCUCUUCAGUUGUUCAUUGACACACACAGCGAAGAGAUCAAGGUUAGCAAUGACACAAACCAUGAGACAAGCGACCUUGAGAAGUUCAAGGACCUCGAGGUCAAUUUUUACGACAACCUCAGUACCUUGUGGAGUCACAUUCACACCCAUCAACAGAGCAAAGACGAGGAAAGGAACAAAGUUGGCAUCCCCCAGAUCAACAAAUCUCUUCUCGAAAACAGAGCCGCACUAGAAGAACUCAAGCCUGACGACCAAGUCCUUGGUGAAAGGUGUAUCAAAGACUUUUACGGCUCAAACCUCUUUAAGUGUCGUCGCACUCUCUGCCGCUACUUCUACAUUGGCUACGACACCGAGGCAGCCCGUAAAAGCCACGAGAACAGGCACGACAGACCAUUCCCCUGCCCCGUGAGCUGCAACUCGGCACCCAUCGGCUUCUCGACAAACAAGGACAAGGAUCGUCACGUUCGCAUCUACCACCCUGAUCUUAGUGAGGGGCCAACGGUCUUUGAGGCGCUGAGUCGCCGCCAGGUGACGGGACCUACGCGGUUCACGUGUCAUAUCUGCGGCAAGAACUUUACGAGGAAGAUCAAUCUCAGCGGGCAUGAGAGGAGUCACUAUGGUGAUAGGCCAUAUCAGUGUUCGUUUUGUGACAAGGCUUUUGCGAGGAUGAAUGAUUGUCGGAGACACGAGAAGAUUCAUAAAAAGGACAAGUAA